GAAAAAUCAAACAGGCGAUGAUUGCAAGUUCACGAGUACCAACAAUGGUAAUGGUGUUGAGUCCAAUCCAUUGUUAGUUGUUACCAACCCCAGCACGAUUUAAAUACUCCCGGCCAUCGGCAUCAGCCGCCGUCCCCUCCAUUUUCAUACGCCAGUUUGAAGGUUUUGUUUUUUCUCAUUUGUCUUUCCCUCGGCCCUCAGCCCUCAGGUCACGUCAUUUGGAAGUUUCUCCUCAUUCUUUCUUUAUGGUUAUACCUUUUUCUUUCAUCUUCAACGUAACUAGUUGGAAAAUGAACCCCGAAGACGAAGUCAACCUCCACGCAUCUCCUUUUUCCUUCCUUCAAUCAUCUGUCAAACAACCAAACUUUGUAUUUCACGUUUGGGAGACCCGACAAAACACCAACAAUUCAAGAUUUUUUUGGGUUCCAAGAAUCAUCGUUCGUUGCUCACCAACUGUUCGCCGAAUUGUCUAAAAGAAAUGGAACACUUUCUUGAUUCCAAUAUUGGAUAAUUCCGAUACAGUCAUCUCUUAUUCCAGGUCUUCUCUUCACUUUGUGUGUGUGUAAGCGUUCUUUACUUGUGAUUGCUUUUCGUCAGCUGGUUUCUUCAAAUGGAGGGUAAAAGCCUCUCUGUUAUUGUUCCCGACGCUGAUGAGGCAAGUAGCAGUGUAACAAAAGAUUCCGAAACUCUAUCAGAACUCUCUCACUCUACACGUAAAUUAGGUGUAAUUCUCAGUGAAUUUAAGGAAAACAAGAUCAUGGAGACUUCUCCCAUUAGAAAAGCUGUUGACUCUCUUGAAACAGAGCUACAAAGGGCUAAGGCUUUGGUUGCAAGUCCCCUUUAUUCAUCUUCACCAAACAAGCGAAUUGAAGAGAUCACAGAAAAUCUUGGCAGGUCAAUAGGCCUUGUUCUGUUUGCUAGUCAUGAUGUUUCAUUGACUGGUAAAGAAAAACUUGAAACUUUAAGGAGAGAGAUGAUGAGUGUUGCACAGUUCAGUGUUGCAAGUUCUGAUAGUAAAUCAGACUUUCUUGAUGAUGUUGAAACAGAAGAAAACGAGGAAGAUGAUGAAGAGGAGGAGAAUGUUGUUGGAGAGAUAGUUGAAGAGGAAAAAGUUGUUUCAUGUUCUACUGUUGAAGAUAUCGUUUUGUACCUCAAGUGUGGAGAUGAUGAACAGCUAAAACUUGCACUUUUUGCCUUGGACACGUUGAUAAAGGAUCAUAAAGCUACAAAUGAAUGGAUUGAUUCUGAAGAAAUUGUCCCAAUUCUUUUCAAUAGGUUAACUUCAGCAAAACCGCUUAAUCGCUUGAGUAUCAUUCAAAAUCUGAGAUCCCUUGUUGCACAAAAUGAUGGUAUUAAGAGCAAGAUGACAGAGGUAGAGUAUUUGUCAGCACUGGUCAAAUCUUUGACUCGUGAAGAGGAAGAACAGAAAGAAGCAGUAGGCUUGUUAUCAUCUCUUUCUGAUGUUUCUGAUGUGAGAAGAAGAAUUGGAAGAAUUCAAGGAUGCAUAGUUAUGUUAGUUGCUAUUUUCAAUGGUGAAGAUCAACAAGCUGCACAAGAUGCAGGAAGAUUGUUAGCUGCUUUAUCAAGCAAUACCCAAAAUGCCCUUCAUAUGGCAGAAGCUGGUUACUUUAAGCCUUUAAUAAAGUAUUUAACAGAAGGAUCUGACAUGAGUAAAAUUCUCAUGGCAACUGCGAUUUCAAGAAUGGAACUUAGAGAUCAAACCAUGGCUUCAAUUGGAGAAGAUGGUGCAAUUCCACCUUUAGUUAAAAUGUUCAAAGAAGGAAAACUUGAAUCAAAACUUUCAUCUUUAAGUGCCUUACAAAACUUAUCCACAUUAAAAGAAAACACACGAAGAUUAAUAAAUUCCGGAAUUGUCCCUUCACUACUUCAACUCAUGUUUUCUGUAACAUCUGUUCUCAUGACACUUCGCGAACCAGCUUCAGCCAUUCUUGCAAGAAUUGCAAAGUCAGACUCCAUGUUAGUCAACCAUGGAAUUGCCCUUCAAAUGUUCUCACUUUUGAAUCUUUCAAGUCCCAUUAUCCAACACCACCUUCUAGAAGCUCUAAACAGCAUUGCUUCUCAUUCUACUGCUUCAAAAGUCAGAAGAAAAAUGAAGGAAAACGGAUCAAUUCAACUUCUUUUACCUUUUCUUAAUCAAACUAAUCCCAAAACAAGAACAGGUGCCUUCAAUUUGAUUUACACUUUAUCUAAAGAGUUAUCCGAUGAACUUACAGAACAAUUAGGAGAAACUCAUCUUCUAAUCAUUGUAAACAUUCUAUCAUCUUCAACAUCCGAAUCCGAAAAAGCUACAGCUGCUGGAAUCCUGAGUAAUCUUCCUGUUAAUGACAAAAAAGCUACAGAGAUACUCAAAAAGGCUAACUUACUACCUGUUCUUGUGUCCAUUUGUUCAAAGCAAACAACUUUAUCAUCCCAUUUGUUUGAAAACAUCGCGGGUAUACUCAUAAGAUUUACAAUCACAUCUGAUGUGAAAUUACAACUUUACUCAGCUGAAAAUAAAGUAAUCCCAGUUCUGAUAAAGCUCUUAUCAGAAGGGUCGAUAGUUUCCAAAAGCAGAGCUGCAAUCUCACUAGCACAGUUAUCAAGAAACAGUUUAAAUCUGAGAAAGGCAAAAAUGUCAAGAUGGUUAUGUGUUCCUCCAUCUGUGGAAUCCUUCUGUGAAGUUCAUAAUGGUUACUGUUUUGUGAAGAGCAGUUUUUGUUUAGUGAAAGCAGGUGGUGUUCCUUUAUUGAUACAAGUCUUGAAAGGUAAUGAAAGGGAAGGUGAUGAAAAUGUACUUGAUGCUUUAUCGAAUCUUUUGCAAGAAGAGAUAUGGGAAAAUGGGUGUGGGUUUAUUGAGAAAUUGGGUGGGAUUGAAGCUGUUAUAAAAGUUAUGGAAUUGGGGAGUUUAAAAACGAAAGAAAAAGCAGUUUGGAUUUUGGAGAGAGUUUUUAGGGUUGAAGAGUAUAGAGUUAAGUAUGGGGAAUCUGCUCAAGUGGUGUUGAUUGAUGUUGCACAAAAUGGAGAUUUGCAGUUGAAACCAAUAGUGGCAAAGUUGUUGGCUCAACUUGAACUCUUGCAAGUUCAAUCUAGUUAUUUUUGAUUUUUGAUUUUUGAUUUUUGGAAUAUUUUGUUUUGUGAAAAUCAUUUUUUUGGUUUCUUGAUUUUAUAUAAAAAGGAUGUG